AUGAUGCGCAAACAGUCUUUGUACGCCAAUAUGUCUGGAGGACAAGUAGCUGGCGCUCCUGGAUCUCACCCGGUCGAUAUGCCGGUGAGAUCUUUCUCGACUAGCAGCGCCUUGACGGAUCGUACCGAUGAAGGAGAAGCUGUGCCGUUGGAAAAUCCUAAGGAUACUUCCGAAUUGUUAGGAGAGAGAUUAAGAGCUUGGAAACAUGCGGUUGGAUAUCUGGAAGAUUAUAUUGGGGCUGUUGAGAAAAUGCAAAGGCAACAAUCGAAGGAGUAUGAGAAAGUCUUGAAAACGAUCGCAAAUCCGUUAAAGGAAGGACACCACUUUCAGCAGGAAUUGGGCGGUAUGGCCAGUAUGUUUGAAAAUAUGAGGACUAACAGCCAGGGUUUGAUAAACUCUCAUCUCGAAACGGAGAAGAAUCUGAAAGGCGCAGUACUCCCAAUUCUCGAUCGACUUCACAAGGAGAUCAAACACAAAUCCAAGGAGCUAUUAUCCGGUGCUUCGAAAGGCGCAAAGGAAGUCGAUAAGGCUAGAAAUAUCACCCAAAAACAUAUCGAGCUAUUAGGAUCCCAAGCUGCGAACUAUCAGUCCAGCGGUGCUGCCAUGAAAUCACCCGAAGAUCCAUACAUCGUCCACCGAGGUAUUUUGCACCGACUCCACAAGCAAGUUUUGGAGGAGAACGCCAAUCGCCAUGAUCUUAUCCAAGUUCAAAAUAACUUUGCUCAAUUUGAGGCUCACGUUAUCGAGAUCAUUCAACAGACUAUGAUGAGUUUCACUCAAAUCGUCACGAGCCAGUCCGAAAGAGAACAAAUACUUUAUGCGGAUAUGCUCAACAGUUGCCAAGCCGUUCCCCCAAAUAUCGAAUGGGAAGGAUUCGUUCAUCGCAACCAAGCGCUACUUAUAGACCCCAACGCUCCCGAUCGCUCAGUGGAAGCUAUCAGCUUUCCCAACCAAAACCAUGCCAGCACCCGAGCUCUCAUCGAAGGAACCCUCGAACGCAAAAGCCGAAACAAGUUGAGUUUCGCCGGCUAUACAACAGGCUACUACGUCGUAACCCCCAGCAAAUUCCUCCACGAAUUCAAAGACAGCGAUAACAUUCGUAAAGACCCUGUCCCCGAGUUAUCCAUUUACCUCCCAGAUGCCACCAUAGGAAGCACCAGCGGCGAUAAAUUUAACAUCAAAGGAAAAGAUGUCUCAAAGGGUAUUGGCAGUAAAUUGUCCGGUACCUCCGAAGUAGCUUUUAAGGCCCAUUCAGCAGCAGAUGCCCAAAAAUGGCACGAAGUUAUCAGAUCAGUCGCAGGAUCGGGUCCCGCCGAAGGAUAUAGUAGUGGACCAACUAGCCCCAUGAGCCCGACCGACUCAAGACAAAGCACAGCAGCUUAUCCAGUAGAAAAACAACCGGCUUCAAUUCAGACAGGUGGAACGAUUACUGGAGGGAAAGCGGUUACUAGUCCUGUGGCGCAAACCUCAGUGGGGAAUGCGACCGAUUUUGCUCCGGGGGCGGUGAGUGAGAAGACUGGUUGA